CACACGCGGGACGGCGCACGCCGCUCGCCCGCGCCCCCGGACCCGGCGCGCUGCCCCGAGGAGGCGUCCGUGGGGGACGGAGGCGCGCACCCCGCCCGGCACACCCGGGCACACCCUGGCGGAGCAGCGGCCGGGUCUCCUGCAGCGCAGGGCGCCGCCAGGCGAGCGCGGUCCUGCUCCCAGCGCGACCGACCGCACCCGCCGGGCCUGGUUCUGCGGAUCAGGAGAAAAUAAUGAAUAUCAAGGGAAAAGUGGUCCUGUUGAUGCUGGUUGUCUCGACUGUGCUCGUCGUGUUUUGGGAAUACGUCAGCAGCCCAGAAGGCUCCUUCUUAUGGAUAUACCACACAAAAACUCCAGAGGUUGGUGACAGCAGCAGCCCGAGGGAAUGGUGGCUCCUGAACUGGUUUAACAAUAGGACCCACAGUUAUCGAGAAGAAGCCCUAGAAGGAAGGAGAGAAAAGGUGCGAAAUGAAGACAGCAGUGAAGAGCUUCCGCUGUUGGACUGGUUUAGCCCAAAGAACCGCCCGGAGGUUUUGACACUGACCCCGUGGAAGGCGCCGAUUGUGUGGGAAGGCACUUACAACAGAGCUCGCCUGGAAAAGCAUUACGCCAGACAGAAAAUCACCGUGGGGCUGACGGUUUUUGCCGUGGGAAAGUACAUUGAGCAUUACUUGGAAGAUUUUCUGGACUCUGCUAACAGGUACUUCAUGGUUGGCCACAGGGUCAUAUUUUAUGUCAUGAUGGACGAUGCCUCCAGAAUGCCCUCCGUACACCUGAGUCCUCUGCACUCUUUGCAAGUGUUUGAGAUCAAGUCUGAGAAGAGGUGGCAGGAUAUCAGCAUGAUGCGCAUGAAGACCAUUGGGGACCACAUCCUGGCCCACAUACAGCAUGAGGUCGACUUCCUCUUCUGCAUGGAUGUGGACCAGGUCUUCCAAGACACUUUUGGUGUGGAGACUCUGGGCCAGUUGGUAGCUCAACUGCAGGCCUGGUGGUACAAGGCUGAUCAUGACGAGUUCACCUAUGAGAGGCGGGAACUGUCGGCAGCGUACAUCCCAUAUGGACAGGGAGAUUUUUAUUACCAUGCGGCCAUUUUUGGAGGAACACCCAUCCAUAUCCUUAACCUCACCCGGGAGUGCUUCGAGGGAAUCCUCCAAGACAAGAGGAAUGACAUCGAAGCACAGUGGCAUGACGAGAGCCACCUCAACAAGUAUUUCCUUUCCAACAAACCCACGAAAAUCUUAUCCCCAGAGUACUGCUGGGACUACCACAUAGGCUUGCCUUCGGAAAUCCGAAACGUUAAGAUAGCAUGGCAGACAAAAGAGUAUAAUUUGGUUAGAAGUAAUGUCUGACCUCAGAUUGGGCCAGUAGAUUUCUAAAUUUGACAGAGAAUUAUUCUGGCUAAUUCCUCAAAAAAAGUAAUAACGGUUAAUGUUAACUUAAAAAUCAAAAUCAAAACCCACCAACAUGGCAAACACGUACUAUUUCUCCGUAUAACUUUGAGCCUUGUAACAUGUGAGAAAGAGGCUAUGGUAAGUGAUCGAGUGUAAAUUCACGGUGAUUUCUUAUAUAUUCUGGGCGUGGGGAAAGUACUACAUAAGCUGAAAUCAAAAUUAAUGUGCCAUAGGUAAAGAAAAAGCCAGAAUGUUCUACCCAGUAUGUUAGACUGCUUACUGGAAAAUAGGGUGCUAAGAGAAAUGCUGGAUCAGAGUGGGGUGCACUGUGCCCUCAGUUCACCGUCAUCCUGGUUGUGGGGAUGCUAGGGCAAUGCAGAGAGACGUCACAGCACGAGACCGUAGAGGACUUCACAGCUGGUGGCUUCAGGCCACUGGCGGUCCAGGCCCCAGUUAUUGUUUGGCUUCUAUGCAUAAAGAAGGUCGUAUCGUGGUGGCACGUGUUCAGAGUCCCAGUAAUGUGGGACUGACCACUUAGAGACUGCACUACGCUGGAGGGACAUGGCACGGGGUUGUGCCUGAAUUUAGUUAUAGAUGCAGGCAGUGUUCUUAACAAUGGCUAUGAGCAGGAGUUGAAAGGAAGGUGCGUUUUGUUUUGCCCAAGUUAUAUUCAGUGGUGAACACUGGUGAGGGGAGGGGAUGGCUUUAGGGAGGGAGAAUGCUUUUCCACCGGAAGACACUCUAUCAUCUUCUGGUCCUACCACCUGCUCUGAACUUCAAGGUUCUCCGCCUGGAGAACUGACAGGAAGAGAAAGCCCACGGUCACGUGACCUCAUUUUCCCCUGCUCUGUCUACACUAUGCAGGUGCAGCAGCCGUCUGUACUGACUUUAUAACAACCCGAAACACAGUCACUGUAACUGAGCUGCUAGACGUUCAGUCCCCUCCUCUGAGAGACGCUGAAGAUCUAUAGCCGUGGUUCUCAGACUUCCGCUGUGGCCCUUACAGUGGGCACAUCUAGGAUGUCUUACAUACCAGAUAUUUAUAUCAUCAUUCAUAACAGUAGCAAAAUUAUAGUUAUGAAGAAGCAACAAAUAAUUUCUUGGUUGGGGUCAGCACAGCAUAAGGAGCUAUAGUAGAGUCUCGUGGCAUUGGGGAGGUCGAGACCACUGCUGCAUAUGGUGACUUGCCGGUCAGUGUGAGGGCUGCCGGGCUGUAUUUCCAUAUGUGCGUCUAUUUAUAUUUGCUUGUCUUCCAGUUGUCAUCUGUUUCCAUUUUCAAGCAGUUUAUUUAAAAAGCCAUUGCGCUGAUUGACAUACAGUGCGAAGGGCUUCAGUAAAAAAGCAUCUUACAUUUUGUCUACUUUGCACCACCUCUUGCUCUUCAGUUGUUAAAGGAAAAAGUCACGUGCCCAGCAGCAAGAAGACCCCACAAAAUUCCCGACUUGGUGGGCAUUGCAAAAGGAAGUGGAGAGCACACACCGGCCCUGGAUUCCGCCUCCCUGCCGCCGAGGCUGCUAGACCAGGCUGAAGUGGGGGAGUUGAAUGUCUUAAGUCCUGAACCAAAGACACGAUUGAUUCUGAAGCGUGGUAAAAAGCUGAAGAAGUUUUGAGGGAAUUUCUUGAUUUUUAAACGUUUAUCUAAAUUUAAAUCCUUAAUGAGUAAAUUUAGGAUGUUAUUAAAGAUAAUGUUUAAACAUUUUUUGAAUAAAAAUUCUGGUUUACAAUUGAAUAAAUUAUU